AGUUUGAAAGAUAUAUAGCUAGAUCUAACUAGUUUAUCAAAAUUUUGCAUGUGUUAAUAACUAGUGUCAAAAAAUUGUGAAAAGUGUGCACUUUCUAUGGAAAAUCAAAGCCACGUGAAAGCAUUAUGCAAGAAGUUUGAAAGUGGAGAGAUUAGUAAAGAUUCGAAGAAAAGAAAACAUAAAAUUAUUGGAAAAUUGGUCACAAGGUCAUUAACGUCAUCUACUAAAUUACCAGAUGAUAAAAUAAACUCGGAAUUUAAGUCGUCACUAACCGACGAACUAAAUUUCAUUGUUACAAAAACUUCCACAGAAGUUGAAGUACGAAGAAAAAAAAUAUUAAAAAAAUUCGAUGAAGAAGUUGCAAAUAUGAAAAUGGAUAAAUUUAUUAAGGACGACGACACGGAUGUUACAAAUUUAAAUAUAUCCACAACAAACAUAAACAGACAUGCAGUUUAUCUUAAUAUCGGUUCUGAAACGGAUAAUAUGGAAUGUACUAACAAUAAUAAAGAAACAACAGAUGGAUUGCAGAAAAACAUCAACAAGAUCAACAAAAGCGCAAAAGACGAUAACAGUAUUUUAGACGAAAAUAUUGAUCUACCAGUAUCUUCUGAUUUAAAAAAUGUAGAAACUGACAAAUUGACAAAUUUAAAUUAUUCAGAAGAGCCAGAUUAUGAUCAUAUUUAUGAAUACUCACCAAUUCUAACUGAAGAGGAACUGAAGUUUAUAUUCCCCGAAACAAAUGCGUCGUCUGAGUCUAUUUUAAUACCUGUAGAUACUCAAGUACCACAUCAUUAUACUCCGAGGCAAUCAACGACGUUGACACCAGAAAAAAGGUUAAAUUACAUCGCAAAGGAGAUAGUGGAAACAGAAACAACAUACUUUGAGGAAUUAUCAAAACUCGUAAUGGUAUAUAAACCAUAUAUUGAGAAAAACACACCACAGGAUAAAAAACAUUUUCUGAAGUAUCUUUUUGGAAAUAUUUAUGACAUUUAUUUCAAGCAAGUGCUAUUUUUAACGGCUAUUCAAGACAGUCAGAUGGACAUUGAUAAGAUAUUACACUGUUUUAUUGAUGAAGGAAGUCUCUUCGAAUUAUAUCCACCAUAUUUUAUUAAUAGGCGUAAAGCAGAAGGUGUUAUUAAGGAAUUUGGCUCUCUUCUUAAAGAACUUCAGGAUUAUUACAACAUAUCUGUAGAAUUCACAGCUUACCUUUUAUUACCUCUAAACAGAUUAUCAAAAUAUGUUCUAUUUUUGAAAGAUAUUUUAAAACAGUUAAAGAAACUGAAGAGACCUACCGAAGUUUGUCAAAUUGCGUUGGACAUAGUUCAAACUCAAAUGCGCAAUGGAAAUGAUGGAAUAGCAAUUGACUCAAUUAAAAAUUGUCCACUGGAAAGAACGGAUUAUGGUUCUUUUAAGCAAAGGGAGAGGUUUACGAUUUCUAACAAAAAUAAAAAAGAAAUGUUUGUUUUUCUAUUUGAAAACGUUGUGGUUUUUACUACAGCUGAUCCGUAUGAGUUGGAAACAUUUAACUAUGAAAGUAGUAUCAAUAUGAAGGACUUGUCAAUGUCAUCAGUAAAAGAUUUAACUAUAACUCUAAAAGACUUUGAGAAAUGUAAAGGUAAUAAAGAUCCCAAAGAAUUUACUUAUAUUUUAGAAGCAAAAAAUAUAAACAUCUGGAAUAUUUGGAAAAGGGAUCUUGAAAUUAUGUUAUGGGAACAACUUUCGGAUGCUAAAGCUACAACUCCAACCCUUAAUUCCUGUGUGAGUUUAAUAGAUAUUAAUACGCUUAAGGCAAUGUCAGAUAAAAAAGAAAAUAAAGAUAAAAAAGAACAACCAACGGAUAAUUUGUCAUGCUCUGAUGCAAACUCAAUUCUUGGCAGUCCUAUAAACAAGAGUGAAUUUGGAUAUUUUAAAGCGAAAGCAAAAUUUCUAUUAACUAAACCUGUUAAACAAGAUGUAGUGGUCUUAUUAUUCGAGAAUUAUGUUAUAAUUACUUUUGAGGAUGCGACUAACACAAAUUGUUAUCAUUACUACAAUAGCAUAAAAAUGACCAAUUUACUGAUGACUUACGCGGAUGAUAAUAUAAUACAGUUAAUAGAUUUUGCUAAAAGUAAAGAGAAAGAUGUAACCUCGAAUUGUACGUUUGUUAUAAAAGCAUUAAAUACAGUAACGUGGGAAUUGUGGAAGAAAAUGCUGGGUAGUUUGUUAUUGGAUCAAUUUUUUCAAAAUAGAGAUCAACCAGGUUCUACAGCUUCGACCCCAACUCGUAGCUUCUCGUUUUCAACCAAUAGUCAAAAUACAAAAGAGGAAAAACAUAAACAUAUUUCAAGUCCCAUUCCAAGCCCACGAUCAGCAACGAAUGAGAAAGACAGAAAUCUAGGAGACACUGACACUUACAUGAAUGUUUUAACAAUACCCACUAUACCAUCAAGCACCAUAAGUAUAAAGGAAAUUAAGUCAGAGUUUGCAAGUCCGUUGCCAAAUCCCCGUUCAACAAAAAGUGAUAACGAUAGAAAACUAGAAGAAGUAACUACGAGUCCCUCAGCUGAACCUCCAAUAAAGGACAACAUCAAAAUGGAUGAAUGCUACAUGAAUGUAUUACCAAUUUCAAACACACCAUUAAGAAGCACAGACAUAGAAGAAAUUAAAUCAGAGUUUUCGAUGAAUUAUAUGAACCUACCACCAGUUCCUCGCAGAUUCAUAAACGAUGGCGCAAAAAUAGAAGAAGAUAUUUAUAUGAAUCAACCUCCAAUUCCACCUAGAUUGAAAAAGGACGAUGAAAAAAUAAAAGAAGCUAGCUCAGUAAUACCGCCCUUAUCAAUUCCCCGAAAAUCUAUCGAAAAUAAUUUGGAUUCCCAAGAAGAUCAGGAAGCUGAAUAUGGACACUUGGAAAAUCUCACGCCAACUCCAAGUAGAAAUGUCGAAAGGAAAACUAGCUUUAAAGAAAUUAACGACUUACAUGUAACAAAUGAAAUGGAAGAAGCAUCAAAUGAUACAAAUAUAACAACACCAAUUGUCGAAAAAGAUUGGCUAACAAAGGAAAACGAAUUUGAAAUUAGCCAGUUGAUUACAAAUUUUCCAAUAAAUAAUAUAGACCUUGGAUCAUUUGAGAAAAAACAGUUACUUACAAUUUUAGAGCCAAUUCAAAGUAAAGGAAUAUUAUUUUUGUUCAAAAAUAUGCUUGUUAUAACGACGGUGGAUGAUACAAGCGAAAACGUUCAGUAUCACAGUAGUAUAGAAAUCAUGAAUUUGAACGUCACGUUUCCUGAAGAAAAGAAAAUAUGCUUAAAAGAUUUCUCAGAAUAUUUAAAUUUGGAUAAACACUCAGAGAGAAGCUAUCUUCUGGCUGUGGAAAGUUCAGAAAUAUGGAAAGAAUGGAAAAGUAUAUUUGAAAAUGUUACACAAUCUCGCAUAGAAAGUCGAACAGGAACCUUAAAAAAACCUCCACUGCCACUUCCUAGAACUAGUAGCCGUAUGAAUAGGACAGAUAAUGAACCGGAAAACCAGCAGUCUUCAGAAACAGAUCCGUGCCCUACUAGAGAAAUUUACGCAGAUCCUCAUGGUGAAGAUCCAAGUGAAGAGGUUUAUGAAGAUAACGAACCAGUUCCUCCUCAAUUACCUCCUAGACUGAGUACUCUGGAUGAUAAAAAGGAAAAUUCCCCACCUCUCCCAGCUAAGGUUAAACAACUACCUAGUAGCAAGACAACUGCCGCGGUGACGAAGAGUCAGAAGGAUGAUUUACGUCCCAGAUCUUUGGAUUUUGGAAAUUUGAUCCAAAAGAGUCCGAUAGACAUGAAAUACUACGGCGAUUUUCAAAUGAUGGAAAAAUUUAAAAUCAAGAAACCUUUUAAAAUGGAAUGUGUAGUGUUUCUUUUUAAGGAUAUCAUCAUUUUUACGUUUAAUGAAGAGGUAUCUUCUCAAUCUAAAUUUUUUAUUAAUGAUAAUAAACAGCCAUAUUAUUGUUAUUACGACUGUAUUUUUACUAAAGAUGUAAGAGUGUGUUGUUUAGAUGAUCAUACCCUUGAACUUACGGAUUUUACAAAAAUAAAUGAAACAAAAAACGCUGCCAAAUAUACAUUUAUUUUGGAAUCAAAGAAAAAGGGCAUCAUACAAAAAUGGAACUCUGCUAUUGAAGACAUAUUGUGGUAUGAGUGGAAGGUUACCAAAGAAAAUGCACAAAAACUAAUCAGAAGUAAAACAUCUGUAUCAAGUUCGAAUAAAAAAUUAAAAGAUUCUGAUGUAAAACACCAAAUAAAAACUUAUACAAAUGAACAAAUACAAUCAAUAAAAUAUAGUGGCCUCAAAAAACAUGAUUAUGGAAUGUUUAAAAUGAAGUCAACUUUUUAUAUUAUGGAACCCAUCGAAGCACAGGGCCUAGUUUUCCUUUUUGAUAAUGUGAUUGUAUUUACAGUUCGUGAUGAAGAAAGUCCUGGAAGUUUCCAUAGUAUUGGAUAUAUAAAACUCGAUUACCUACAUGUUGAAGACUACGAAACGUAUCUGCUGGUGUUAUCUGAUACACAAAAAGCGAAGAAAAAAAGUGAUACAGUGCCAACAUCUUAUGUUCUAAAGGCAGAAACACUAAUAACUUGGCAAACAUGGAAGUUGCAUUUAAGAAAAAUAUUAAAUUAAACAGAUUAAAUCAUUUAUAUAAGAAGUAAUUCCAAAACAACCUAGUUCUAACUAAGACUGUGAUUUAUCAUGAUAAAAAUAAGUUAAAUUGUAGAUAUUCACUAUAGUUGAAACAGGAUUUUAUAAUAUUAAGAAAACUAUUUUAUAUUAAUGUAAAUGGCACAAGCAAAUAAACCGUUUAAUAAGUAAAAUAUAUACAU